AGCAACCCCAGGGAGGUAUUUUUUCCUCUCUUGCUCUCAGUAUUUUUUGGAAGUGUAUGUGCCUGACAGGAGCUGUUAGUGGAUUGCAUUAGUGCCGCAGCACUGCUGAGUGAGCCUAAGCGAGUUGCUUUGGGGUGCAUUAAACUUACAACAGUGAUCUUUGUGACAUGGCCUCUACAGCGAGCAACACCAGCAAAGUUGAGAAACCCGUGUCCCUUAUUUGGGGGUGUGAACUGAAUGAGCAGAACAAGACAUUUGCGUUUAAAAUAGAAGACGAGGAAGAAAAAUGUGAGCAUCAGUUGGCACUGCGCACAGUAUGUCUUGGGGACAAGGCAAAGGAUGAGUUCCACAUAGUAGAAAUAGUUACACAAGAGGAGGGAAAGGAAAAACCAGUUCCGAUUGCCAGUCUAAAGCCUUCUAUUUUACCCAUGGCAACCAUGGUGGGCAUUGAGCUGACCCCUCCAGUUACUUUCCGGUUAAAAGCUGGUUCCGGCCCAGUGUACAUCAGUGGUCAACACGUAGCAAUGGAGGAAGAUUACUCAUGGGCAGAAGAGGAAGAUGAAGGAGAAGAGGAGGAGGAAGAGGAAGAAGAUCCAGAAUCUCCACCCAAAGCUGUAAAGAGACCUGCAGCCACCAAAAAGGCAGGCCAGGCAAAGAAGAAGAAACUUGACAAAGAGGAUGAGAGCUCUGAGGAAGACAGUCCAACCAAAAAGGGCAAAGGAGCAGGAAGGGGAAGAAAGCCAGCUGCUAAGAAAUGAACCUCUUAGAGGCUGUGUUCUGUUUCCCUGUUCCUUCUGUGUAAUUUGCUUUUGUUUAAAUAAAUAUAUAACUUUG